UAUUAAACUUCUAAGAGAAAAAUUUAAAAUAAACAAAUGAAAACAAACAGCCCCUAUUUCUCUCUCCUUUCUCUCACCCAAACACACCACAAACAGUAGAGAGAGAAAAAAGCUGAGUUCUAGAGAGAGAAAGUGAGCGCUUUCGGAAGGGAAGCUAAUCUUCUGCUGCUAUUUGUUCUUUGAUUGGCUCUAAUCGGUCUCAAAGGGGUAAGUUUUUUGCUGUUUUUUUGACUUGUGACGAUGCGGAGAGGUAGAGCAACCGCGGCGGCGAAGCAAGCGGCAGAGGCUGCACCGGCGGCUGGAUCUGGAGGAUUAAAAGAGAUUAGGUUUCGUGGUGUCAGAAAACGGCCAUGGGGAAGAUUUGCGGCGGAGAUUAGAGACCCGUGGAAGAAAACUAGGGUUUGGCUCGGCACUUUCGAUUCAGCUGAAGAAGCCGCUAAAGCUUAUGACGCUGCAGCUCGUACUCUUCGGGGACCUAAAGCAAAAACUAAUUUCCCUUUACCGCCGUAUUCUCACUUCAAUCAAACCGUAAACCCUAACGACCCGUUUAUUGACCCGAGAUUGUACUCACAGGAAAAUCACCCGAUUGUUAUUCAAAGACCUACAUCGAGCAGCAUGAGUAGUACCGUAGAAUCCUUCAGUGGGCCCAGGCCGCCGCCACGUCAGCAAACGGCGGUGUUGCCUUCGAGAAAACAUCCUCGGUCGCCGCCGGUCGUGCCGGACGACUGCCGGAGUGAUUGUGACUCGUCGUCUUCUGUUGUUGAAGACGGCGAUUGUGACAAUGAAAAUGAUAAUAUCGUUUCCUCAGUUUUCCGGAAGCCGUUGCCUUUCGAUCUCAACUUUCCUCCGCCGAUGGAUGCUGAUUCUGAUGAUCUUCACUGCACAGCAUUAUGUCUUUGAUGGAAUAUGGUUUCGAAAUUUGGAUCUGUUAAUUAUUUGAAAAAGCCCCAUUUGGUUUCUCUUGUUUAUUUAACUAUUGAUCUUGAGAAAAAAGGGGUGGAAAGAAAAAAAGAUCAUAGCUUUAAGGCUAUUGAUAUGAGUCUGUUGGAAGAGAUUUGAACUCUUCAAUUUACUUGUCCUAUUUAAUGUCAUGUUAUUUCAUGAUGGAUGGAUCAGUGUGUGCCUGAUAAUUGAUCUGAUUAUGUGUUUUCAACUAUAUAUAUGUUCUGGGAUAAUUGAGUCCUUUAUUGUCAGUUGAAGUCACAUUUAUAUACAUUGACAUGUAAAAUUAGAGGGAACUUUCAGUUCCGUGUUGUCCUAUUAUGAUGGAAGUUCUGGUGUUGUUGAUGUAUGAGAUGAUGUAUACUAUCUCAUCAUUUUAUGUAAGAAUCAAGAUUUCUUCUAAUCAAAUAUUAGUUGACAUGUGUUACUAUCA